UAACUGAGUUCCUCAACAACACUCCCAUCUUUUCCCGUGUGAUGGAGCUCGUCUUCGCCCGUUUCUUGCUUCUACUUUGCUUCUCUGUGUCCACACUCGCCGUCUCUUCUUCGAGCCCCGCUGGCCUCGUUCCACUGCUCUCACUCAUGGCUCGCUGGACUAACGUGCCCUCCGCCAUAAGCUCUAGCUGGAACUCCUCUGAUCCCACUCCCUGUAAGUGGGUUGGUGUGGAGUGUGACUCUGCUGGCAAUGUGGUCUCUCUGAACCUCUCCAGCUAUGGUCUUUCGGGUCGGGUAGGACCUGAAGUGGGGCGCUUGACCCACUUGCGGGUCCUUGAUCUUAGCAGCAACAAUUUCACUGGUGAAAUUCCUCAGCAGUUGGGGAAUUGUACCCAGCUUGAGUACUUGGAUAUGUCCCAUAAUGGGUUCACCGGGGAAAUCAAGGACGACUUGAGCAGGCUUCGGAAUUUGAGCUACUUGAGCUUGUUCUCGAACUCGCUGGCAGGCGAGAUACCCAAGUCAUUGUUCCGAAUUCCUAGUCUAGAGCAUGUGUACUUGCACUCGAACAAUUUAAGUGGUUCCAUUCCUAAGACUGUUGGUGAUAUGAGAGAGGUCGCGUACCUGGAUUUGCAUUAUAAUAAUUUGUCAGGUGCCAUUCCCGAUUCCAUUGGCAAUUGCAGUAAAUUACGAGAACUCAUUUUGACUAGGAAUGAGCUCGUAGGAGUUUUGCCACCAACCCUUGGUGCUCUUGAGAACCUUGUUUAUUUAGAUGUUAGUGAGAAUAACUUUGAAGGGAAGAUCCCUUUGGGUUCAGCCCGUUGCGAGAAUUUGGAGACUCUGGUCUUGUCAUACAACAAUUUCAAUGGGCGUCUCCCACCGGAAUUGGGCAAUUGUAGCAAUCUAACUACUUUAGCCGCCGUAAGAGCCAACUUGACCGGAAAUAUACCGUCUACAAUGGGCCAGCUUGAGAGACUCUCUUUUCUCUAUCUCUCUGAGAAUCAAUUGUCUGGAGAAUUGCCUCCCGAACUUGGCAAGUGCAAGUCCUUGAAAAGCUUGCAAGUGUACUCCAACCAACUUGAAGGGGAAAUCCCUCGGGAAAUCGGCGACAUCAGUAAGCUCAAAGAUCUUCAGUUGUUUCAGAAUCGUUUGAGUGGUGAGAUUCCACUUGGAAUCUGGAAGAUUCCAUCCCUUGAGAACCUUUUGGUCUAUAACAAUUAUCUCUCGGGAGAGCUACCUCUGGAGAUAACUGAGCUCAAGAACUUGAAGAACAUCACUUUGUUCAACAACCAUUUCUCUGGAGUCAUUCCUCAAAGUUUGGGUAUGAAUAGUAGUUUACUGGAGUUGGAUUUCAUUAAUAACAAGUUCACUGGCCCGAUACCGCCCCAUCUGUGCUGGGGAAAUAAAUUGGAAGUGAUGAAUCUCGGUGUGAAUCAACUUCAAGGUAGCAUACCUUCUGAUGUUGGAAGCUGUUCAAGUCUGAGGAGGUUGAUCCUUAAAGAAAACAACUUUACCGGGGUCUUGACAGAUUUUUCAAGGAUGCCCGACCUUUUGCUGAUGGAUAUCAGCAAAAACAGCAUCAGUGGGAGCAUCCCCUCUAGCUUGGCUAACUGUAGCAAUAUCACCGCUAUCAACUUGUCCAUGAACAAACUCACAGGAUUUCUACCCUUGGAGCUGGGGCACCUUUCAAACCUUGUGAUGCUAAAUCUCUCUCACAACAAUCUGCAAGGUUCCUUGCCAUCUGAGCUGUCACGUUGUAAAAGAUUGGAAACUUUUGACGUCGGGUUCAAUCAAUUGAAUGGUUCACUUCCGUCAAGUUUGAGGAAUUGGACAAGUUUGUCAACACUCAUUUUGACAAGGAACCGUUUCGAUGGAGGCAUUCCACUUUUCUUGACAGACCUUGGGAAGUUAUUAGAGCUACCAAUGGGUGGGAAUUUGUUAGGAGGUGAAAUUCCCUCUUCAAUUGGAUCACUGAAGAGUCUAACAUAUGCUUUGGAUCUUAGCGAGAACAGAUUCACGGGGAAGCUUCCUUCAGAAAUUGGGAACUUGAUCCUGCUUCAGAGGCUGGAUAUAUCAAACAACAAUCUUUCUGGAAGUUUAGCGGUGCUCGAAGAACUUGAUUCAUUAAUUGAGCUAAAUGUCUCAUACAAUCACUUCACAGGUCCGAUACCGAACCUGAUCCAUCUGAACUUAACUCUUUCUUCUUUUUUGGGAAACUCAGGUCUGUGUGUCAGAUGCCAACCAUCUGGUUCGGUAACUUGCUCUGGGAGUGAUGGUCUCAGUCCUUGCAACAGUCCAAGAGACCGAAAAAGCCUAACAAGAGCUGCAACAAUUUUGAUAGCUCUGGCUUCUUCUCUAAUUUCUGUUGCUGUGAUCGUCGGAUUAGUUUUCCUGGUGGAUUCGUGCAGAAGGAACGUGUUCAUAAUUAAUACCUUUAUUCGUAGGAUGGGUGGAUAUUAA